CCUGACUAUAAAUACUUGCCCUUUGCUACUCCUUAUCAGUUUUUGUCAUAAAUUUUAUAAGAAUGUUCUCGAGAGCCAAACGAUUCGAUUACUACCCCCAACCUGAGACACCCUCCCCGCCUUGCCGUCGGCAUGCGAAAAAACAUCCGACAUCCACUCCAAAACUUUCGAAGAAAAAUUCCAAAACUCCCGAAAUGACCCAAUUAUUGGAACAAUUGGAACAAGCAGGGAGACGCAUUCAGAACCGGUGUGACACCAUUGAUGAUUUAUGUCGGGAUUAUUUGAGUCUUGACGAUGGAUUUUUUUCGACCAGGAGCUCUUCUCCAGAAGCAGUUGCUUCAACACCGGCAUUUGAGGACUCAGUGGUUCCUGAAGGAUUCGACAGUUUGGCUCAAUUUUAUGCCGAAACCGUGGCCGAAUUAGUGUGUAAGAAACUGGAUGAACGAGAUAAAGCGAGAAGUGUGUGGAAGAAAGCCAAACAAUUGUACAAAAGUGUGAGAGGAGAGACAAUUUGGGAUAUUUUUUGCCCGAAAAUCAUUGAGGGCCAAUUCUAAUAAUUAAUGUAUUAAAUGGAAGUUUAUUGUACAUAGUUGUGAAAUAAAUGGUUUUGA